AUGUCGUCCUUUCUUACCCCUACCAAGAAAUCACAGAAACCUCCUACCAAGGGCAAGCCUUUCCAACCACCGAACCGUAUUCGAGCCAUUCGAGAGCAAGCCGAACGCCAGCAGGCCAGCGCCGUUGCCGCCGCUGCCAAUGCCGCCGCCCAAGCACAACUGAACCGCCCUCGAGCGCCCGCCAUUGCCCUUUCCAACCGCCCACAGUGCCCCAAUAAAGCAUGUGUGAAGCCAAAUGUUGUCGACGGUGUGUGCCAAACCUGUGGUCGAGUCGCCGACGACAGCAAUAUCGUGGCGGAGGUCCAGUUCGGCGAGACUUCUUCUGGUGCUGCCAUGGUCCAGGGUAGUUACAUCGCCGCCGACCAAGCUGGUGUCCGUACUAUGGGCCCUGCCUUUCGCCGAGUCGGGGGUUCCGAUGAUCGAGAAAAGUCCAUUCGCGAAGCCCGUUCUUUGAUGCAGGGUUACGCCCAACAGUUGAACCUUGGAGAAAGCACCGUCAACACUGCCGUUCAAGUCUUCAAGCUUGCUUCGCAAGCCAAUUUCGUCCAAGGCCGCACGCUCGUUAUGGUUGCCGCCGUCUGCCUGUAUACUGCCUGCCGAACUGAGCGUCCCUGCAAGAUUAUGCUCAUUGAUCUGGCUGAUCUCACCCAGAUCAACGUCUUCAAGCUUGGUCGCGCUUUCAAAGCACUGAAUAAGGUCGUCUACGUCUUUGGAAAUGGCGAGGCCCCUGUCUUCCCUGAGGACAUCAUUUACAGAUUUGCUUCCAAGCUCGAGUUCAAGCACAUGACCAACCGCGUUGCCGAGGAUGCUGUCCGCUUGGUAGCUCGGAUGAAGCAGGAUUGGAUUGUCAUGGGUCGUCGACCCUCUGGUAUCUGUGGUGCCUGUCUUUUGAUGGCCGCAAGAAUGCACAACUUCCGACGGACCGUCAGGGAAGUUGUGUACAUCGUCAAGGUCACGAACCACACCAUCCAAGAGCGUCUGCAAGAAUUCAAUGUCACAGAAGCCAGUAAGAUGACGGUUGAGGACUUUUUGGCUCAUGACUUUGGCUCUGCUUCGCACGACCCGCCUUCCUUUUACAAGAACACCGAGGCUUGGCAGAAGAAGCAGGAGGAGCUGGGCAAGAAGCGCAAGCGUAAGGCCCUCGACGAUGGCGGCAACGCGCGAACUACACCAGCUCCAUUGCCCCCGCCACCCGAUCUGGCGUCAGCCCCCGCGAUUGAGUACCGUCGAGACAAGGACGGCUACAUUAUUCCCCCACUUCCUUCUAAAAUCCAACAAGACGAACCCGCUCUGCGGGACACCAACAGCACCCAGCAUCUGGAGACUCUCGCCGAAGAGUUUGGUGACGCAGAGGCCCAGGCUGAGGAGUCAUCGCAGUUGGAAUCAACAGGCAAAAAGGGCCGACAAGCUAAGCCUCAACUGCCUAUUAACGAGGAGUGGGAAGAAGACGAGGCAGAGAUGGAAGAAGAGAUCUCGGAGAUUAUGAACGACCCCGAGACGUACGAACACGCCAAGGCUUUCAGUAAUGCCGAGCAGCGAGCGCGCAUCCAUUCCAUCUGGGCGCUCCAGCAGCAGCCUGAUAAAUCUGUGUCUAUGGCGCCUGAGGUUGGCGAAGACGAGUUCGCUGACGACCCCGAGGUUCUGAACUGCGUCUUGUCGCCCAACGAGGUCAAGAUAAAGGAGCUCUUGUGGGUGAAUGAGAACAAGGAUUGGCUGCGCCAAUCUCAAGAGCGACUGUUCCGCAAGAAGCUCGAUGCGCAGAAGCCAAAGGUCACGCGAAAGCGUAAGAAGAGACCACGUAUCGGCGAGGGCCAGACCUCUCCCGCCAGCACGCCGGGAGAAGCAGCCGUCAACGUAAUGAAGGAGCGCGGCUUCUCGAAGCGCAUCAACUACGACGCCAUCCGGCAGAUGUUCGAUGUGGCCGACCGCGGAGAUCCUGGAUCCCGGCCCGAGAGCGAAGCUGCCAGUCGUCCGGCAAGCAAGGCGCCUAGCGUUCUCGAGGACCCCAUUGCUGAUGACGAGAGCGACCAUAUGGGAGGCAGUGGAGACGAGGUGGAUGAGCAUCAGGACGACGAGUUCGGCGGCGGUGAUGACUACGACGAUAUGGGAGACGAGUCACACAUGUACGACGACGACGAUGAUCAGGGGAUGGGCGAAGACGAUGAUGACGACGACUUUGGAUUGGGUGAUGACGACGAGUAG